GAUAAACAUAGCAAGUUCAUGUGGAAACAGAUUAGAUUUCUAUAGACAAAGUUGCCUUCUCACCUAAAUUGUAAGUGCCACUCAUAUUUAUCGCUCCCAGCGAUAUAAGGAGACAAGUGUUACGAUAAGCCCACGACAAUACAAUAAUGGACGCUCUUUUGCCUAAUGGACCGCAUCCUGCCCGGCUCAAGCAGCUCCAGUCAAUGCUAAGAGCCCGUUUCUCUCGCUCCUGUACUAACGCUUACAUGUGCUCCUUUUACAGAAACAAAAAUUCCUGCCUUUGUUCGUUUCCGUGAUCGUGUCUUUAAUCACGUUCCGCUUUAUUAUUCACAUCCUCGCGUGGGUUUCGAGACUCGUAGUCGGCUUGCGUUGCAGCGACUUCUUUGGCGACGACCGACGCGUAUCGUCGGUUAUGAACGAUGUAUUCUCGUGUAUACCGAUAGCGAUAACGAAAACACCAUCCAUCUGAGUUUCCCUACGAACUUCUUUAUACAAGGAUGCAGUGACAAAGUGUACUUUCGAAGAGAAUUUUCAUUGUGGUGCAUAUUGCAACGGAUAUGCCUGCAUUUCGACGCCUGGCAUCGAGUGUAAAGAAAAAGAAAUCACUUUCGCCGGCUCGGUCUUCGAGUCAGUCGCACAGUUCCAUUUACUUGAUGCGAUAACGUUUUAGAUGCAUCUAAGCUCAAUCCAAGUAGUCGCGCUGAUGACGCUCGCGCUGGCCGCGGCGCCGCGGGCCGCGUCGUCGCCGCACCACGUGGCGCGCCGCUCCUUCUUCAACCUGCAGUGCAAGGGCGUGUACGACGCCGCCAUCUUCGCGCGCCUCGACCGCAUCUGCGACGACUGCUACAACCUCUUCCGGGAGCCGCAGCUUUUUACUCUGUGCAGGCAAGACUGUUUCACGACAGACUACUUCAAGGGCUGCGUGGAAGUACUUCAAGAGACGGACCAACUAGAACUAUUCAAGAAGUAUAUAAAACAGUUACACGGGGCGGACCCUGGGAUUACUGAUUAGGUCGAAAUGUUUCACCUCACCCUACUUCAAGGGUUGCAUGGAGUCCUUGUACCUCUACGACGAGGAGGAACAGUUAGAUCAAAUGAUCGACUUCAUCGGGAAACGCUAACAUGCACACAGCCAACACAUUUCGCGCCAACUCUUGACAUGACGCCAUCUUGUAUAACCCAACCGAUUGAAUAUACAACCACAGUUUAAACAAAAGCUACAGCGCAAAGGUAAAACACAAUUCCACCGCUUUGCCAACAAAAAGCAGAACAGAAAUGUCAAGUUCCUCCAGAUUGACGUCUGCUUUCUAUCCUCAACGUAUUCUAGUCUUUAACGCGACAUAAAAAUAUUUAUGUUUGCAACUAAUUGUAAUGUUAUCAUAAUUUGUAUUAGAUCAUGUGUAUACAGUGCUAAGGACAUUUAUUAUUUUGUGUUAUACAUAUAAGUGUUGUAAGCUUCUUGCUACGGGAGUGUAAUGUAUAUUAAAGAUUUGUUUUAUUGAUUGUAUUAAAGUAUUAGAUCGCCUCCUAGGUAAUAAAAAUCGUUCAAAAAUAUAAAACAAAGAUUGAGGCGGAUAUUUUCCUGGAUCCGAUGCUGGUCAUCUAAUUUUUAAUCUGUCUCUUUGAAAAAGAAAAUUUCCUGAGCCUUAAAGGACUUGCAUCCAGGGCCGAAAAUAAAUUAAUUAAAAAAUUCCGACUGAGAUUGCCUAUUUAAUUAUAUUGUGACGCAUUCCAAACGCAGUAUUUAAUUAAAUAACUUACGCUUUUAUCUGAUUUUUUUUUUCUACUAACACGAAGUCGAUGGUAUUAUGUAUAAUAGGUCGCCGAUAAGUAAAUAAGCCUUUUGUAAUAUAUAGUUUAAUUAUGUAAAUCACAAACGUGGCUUUUAACAUAUGUAUUCCGUAUUAUUGUACAUCUAUAGAUUUAGUUGGACACAAUGUAUUUAAUUCUUAUUUACAAUUAGAAUUAAUUAGCAACCCAAUUUUAAUGAAAGUAGACGGAAAAGUGACAAUUACUUAUUUAUUAUAAUAAAAACAAAGCGGUCAAGUGCGAGUUGGACUCACACGUGAAGAGUUCCCUACCUUCGUACUAGGUAUAACAUUAUGUACUUUUAAAUUGCAUGGCGCCGUUAUGAAAACUUCAACUCUCUACCUAUUACGGUUCAUGAGAUACAGCUCACUGACAGACAGACAGACGGACGGAGAGCGGAGGCUUAGUUAUAGGGUUCCGUUGGCAGCCUUCGAGUAAGGAAACUUGAAAACGCAGAACUUCCUCUCUUCUUCCUCUUCAUCAGAAAGAAACUUAUUUAAAAUUGUACAGCUUUUUAUUCAUUGAUUCUCUAUUCUAGUUUAUUGUAAUUAUAAUUUUUUUUUUGUAAUUUUUUAAACAAAUCAUACCUACUACAGUACCCGGCAGGAAAUAUUGCACAUUGGCCCUUAGAAAGAGAUAGCGGUUUCGUAGAGCGUUGUCUCUGUCGUUGAGACCGAUUAAACGUCACAAGGUACGAGUGACAGAGACAACGCUCUACGAAGCCGAAAUCUCUUUUCGAUGUGCAAUAUUUCCUGCCGGGUACUGUACUAGUUUAAGUAAUUUUCACUUUGCCGUCUCACAAAAUAGUAAUGGUUGAGUUGUAUUUAGCAAUUUAGUUAGUUAAUAAGUAUUUAUAAAGAUUUAUUUUUAUAUACUUCCGACCUAUUUAUUUGUUACUUUUUACGAUUUAUAAUUUAUUUUUUAUUAUUUUAACUGCUUAUAAUAAUGACUAUUACACUUGCAACCGUGGAGAUUACCAGUGAAUGUUUAUUAGUUUGAUUCUUUAUACUCAAUACGGGCGAGUUUCCAUACGCCAUGCAUAUUCAUAAUACAGCUGGAUCAGGUACUCUAUUCGAAGAAAAUACCUUCUUAUCGCUAUCUCACUCCAACUAACAAAUUAGAGCGAGAGAUCGGAUCCCCAGUGGUGUACGACCUCUCGCUCUCACUCAGCAGUCGAAGUAGUAGGUAUUUCUUUCAUGCUCAUACGAGAUGCGCGUGUGACAAAAGACGAGCGUACACGCGCUUAAAAACUAGCUUAUCCGCGCAAAAGAAACGCUUAUCUGUUGCCACUCUUCUAAUCGCUGUGUACAUCCGGAUUCCUGACAUUGAUAUCCGGUUCCGAACACUGAUAUCCAGAUUCCGGACACGUAUAUCCAUCUCACAUCCGACCCGAAUGUGUAGUAUGAAAUUAUACACCUCACCAACGUUGAUAGAAUUCGAGGGGUAUAACGUUAGUGUAAAAAAAAACCUAUAAGCCUUUAACUUAAAGUCAAAAGUACAGUAUCACCGAUUUUAAUAUCGCAAAUUUUUCACUUGGAGCGUUGCCUUUAUGAGGUUUAAAACCAGGCAGUUAAGGUCCAUCUUUUUUAACGUUAAAGUGUUUCACUCAAAUUCUAUCAACGUUCGUGAAAUGUAUUUCAUACUAAAGGUCUAACUGGAAACUCGCUGUAACAUAUUUCUGAAUUUUAUCUUGUAAGUUGCGGUUUAUACUUAUUUGACUGUUUUAAUUAGUUCAACUGAAACUAUACUCUGUAUUCGAAUCUCAAUUUUUUAGUUUCUUUUAGCGUUUCUUACCUCACAAGUUAUCUCUUCCACAAUUUUUUCAUUUUCCAAAAAUCUAACUUGUGAUGGAACGAACAUUAAACGACGUAACAUAAUUUGUUAAGAUGUGAGCUUCAUGAAAGUUGCAAUUGUUCAGUUGAAUCGAAACCGCUUGAAGCUGAGGUUGAAAUCUAUAGAGCGCGCUUUGACUUUGCUCAGACUAGGUUUCAGUUAAAACGAGACAGAUUUAUGCCAGCGAUAUAACGCUGUCUCGUUCUAACAGUAUCUUAAGCCUGAGCAA